CGGGGGGAGCGGCUGCCCGCCAGGCGUCCGCCCGUUGCCAGGUCUGUCAGGAAUAGAAUUUGGUCUUGGAGCUCAAGCACCAUGCAGAGAGUGUCACGGCUGACAAGGGAGCUCUCGCUCCUGGCUACAGAACCACCUCCGGGCAUCACCUGCUGGCAGAAUGGGCAGCUUGAUGACCUGCGGGCACAAAUUUUAGGAGGUGUGGACACACCAUAUGAGAAAGGAAUAUUCAACCUGGAAAUCAUAGUUCCUGAAAGGUACCCAUUUGAGCCACCAAAGAUUCGCUUUCUGACCCCCAUCUACCAUCCCAACAUUGACUCUGCUGGAAGGAUUUGCCUGGAUGUUCUUAAAUUACCCCCAAAGGGUGCAUGGAGGCCUUCCCUGAACAUCUCCACCUUGCUGACUUCCAUCCAGUUGCUGAUGGCAGAGCCCAACCCUGACGACCCUCUCAUGGCUGAUAUUUCCUCGGAGUACAAGUACAACAAGCAACUGUUCCUGCACAAUGCCAGGGCGUGGACCGAGAAAUACGCAGGGCAGCUGAGGACUUCCCAGCCUUUGGAAGAGAAAAUCAUCCAAAGUGAAACAAGAACCAGCAGUGAAUCAACCAUGCAGAAAAGGAAAGGGGUUAACAUCAGUAGGAAGGAGAAGAAAUCCUGCCCAGAUUCCUGAGGGGGUUCUGUUCUCUUUGGGCUGUCACUGUCCCCUUCCCCUCACACAGGUUACAAGGAAAGAGUCUCCCUUUAAAUGGCUGCAUCAGCUUUGGGUUUCUGUUUUCUUGGGGU